CAGGAACAACAGGAACAACUUUCGUCGAUGUAUCCAGUCCUUCCAUUCACAGCCUUCUCAGCAGCUGUCACUCAGGUACAGGGAUCAUCUCUGAUGUAUGGUCUCUCCGACAGCGCAAAUGUCAGCUCUGCGACUCUGGUCGAUCCAUUACCUGGAUCAUCGUCAUUGUAUGGUCUUCCCGACAGUGCCAGCGCCAGUUCCGCAACCCUAGUUGAUCCCGUCAACCAUUGGACGACUCAUCGAUACAAUGAUCCCAGCACAGUCAUGGGUCAGAUCGGUCCACCAUCACAACGUGCCACCCAGCUUGGUACAGCAGGCCAAGGAGUGUCAUUGAGCAAAAUCCAACAGCAAUUUUACGGCAAGGCAUCCCCGACGCAUGGUAAUAACAGUGGGCUGAGGAAAGAAGAGUACCAGGGUGCAUUGGACAAAGACCUACCACCACUGCCCAUCGAGGCAACAGUAAUGACGUCGAAUGAUGAUCCGAACGCGAUCCUCUCGCAUCUGUAUUCAGAAUACAACUCGAAUGCGAGCAUUAGUCCUUCUUGGGUAACGCCCUUGGAGGGAUUUGCCGCACAGUUGAUCGCGGCCAAGGAGGCAGAUUCGGAUUCGACGAUGGGUGUGAUGUCCCUAGGCGAGAGUAGCGGUGAAUUAGCACAAUGGCAACAGCAGACGUAUCUGGGAGGUGAGCAGAAAGACGGCCAGCAGCUACAGUAUUUGAUCAAGCCAGCGUGCCCAGUGCGAUACAUGUCCUUUGCGGACGUUGGCCACGAGUCUAUGUCGAUGAUGGACGUCUUUUCGUGGCCAUCUGACAGUUCGAGUAGCAGCAACAGCAGCAACAGCAGCAACAGCAGCGGAAGUUAGACGUGAGUUCAGUGAAAACAUGUAGUAUUAUAGUCUGUCAAGAAACACGGCCUUCCAUCAGAGUUGAACUUUGAACGCAUUUUUUUCUCAGGC